GACUGCCCUCUGGGAUCCGCUUGAAGUGCUUCACAGUCUUACUGCUCUUGUUGCCUCUGUCAGUGGAGGGAGAAGGAGAGGGUGGCUCACCAGUUGAGGCCCACACAAGGCAAUUGGAGAGACUUGGGGCUGGCUCUCUGCCAACUGCGCCGGACUCGAGGCAGCUACUCUGGCCUCAACAAGCCUUAUUCCUCCACUAUUAAACAGCACAGGCUACCUUCAACGCUUGUUAUUCCACUUACACAACAACUUCUAAGGGACUGAUAAACUUUCUGACUCGUACAUAAACGGUCAGAGCAUUUCAAGGACAAAAGAGUGCACACAGAUGACAUUUAGAAUAGACAUGAACGUCGCCAUACGUAACUUACAAGCCAAACAGAGCUAAGCUCAUCUUCGUGGUCUAUCUGUUCUCUGAUUAUUCUGCUCAUCAAUAAAAAUGUUAUGGUCAAAAGGGUGGAGCAACAAAUUGCGUUUGCGCAUGCGCAAAUCACGUACAAAAAGGAGGGUGGGGCUGUGUUGUUUACAGUUAGUUCUUGUUUCUUGAAGAAACCUUUCUUCGCUUCACUUUUGCUUCUGAGAAAAAGCAAGAACCUUCAUUGGAGCACGUUUAUCACCGCGGGCACGCCCUCUUUUGCUGUGCGGAAAAUGAAACUGUUGCGACUAACACUGCUCGUUUUCGCGUGGGGGCUCUGCCAAGCUCAAAACUUUCCUCCAUCGUUCAGUAAUGUUGUAGCUUCUGUGAAUAUCGAAGAGCUGCAGCAAGAAUACACAGAUUUCGUGAUAUACGAUGUGAAUGCUACUGACCCAGAAGGCGACAAUUUUACCUUUGUGAUUCCUGAAAAUUCGAUAAAUUCUAACUUGUUCAGAGUUGAGGGAUACUCAGGAAGAGUGUUUACCCAGCCUGGAGUGGUACUGGACAGAGAGGUGCUGUCUCGCGACGACGACCCACUUCAUCUCCUUAUUGAGGCUCAGGAUGGAAUGCAUGAUGAAUAUCCACAAUUCCGUCUCAUAAUAGUCUUGCAAGAUGUCAAUGACAAUCCUCCCAUCAUUGCUCCUCCAUAUACUAGUCUAUCAGUACUUGAGGAUACAGAACUUGGUUUUGUGUUGGUGGAAGUUGAGGCUUCAGAUGCUGAUAGUGGCAAUAAUGGCUUCUUCUAUUUUUACCUCGACGAAACUUCCUCCCUGUUUCAACUUGAGCGUGAAACGGGGAAACUGAGGCUCAUCAGAGAACUGGACUAUGACAAUCCUUUGACCAGACGGCACACUCUUACAGUUAUUGUUGAAGAUUUGGGAGAAGAGCCCCUGAUGGGUCAGAGCACACUGGAAAUAGUCGUGGAAGAUGUUGAUGAUCUUAAUCCAGUGUUUGAGCCUUCCUCCUAUACCAAGUCCAUCUCUGAGAACUCGACUUUUGGUGCCUUUGUGGAGAGGGUCAGUGCCAGAGACGGAGACAUUGGAGUGGAUGCUGCUAUCUUCUAUACUCUUGAGGAUGCAGGCAACAGCCUCAUUGAUGGAAACCUCAGCUUUGUCAUCAACUCAACAACUGGAGAGAUCUUUGUUGAUGUCGCAAGUCUUGAUAGAGAGACGCACUCCUCCUAUAGCCUCACAGUUCAGGCUGCACAGGUUAACAACACCAGCAAGUUUGCCUCAGCAACAGUGUCUAUCAUUGUAUUGGAUAUCAAUGAUAACAUACCUGUCUUCGACCCUCAUACUAAUGCUGACUUUGACCUGCACCUGGAAGACAUUCUCAACAGCACAUCUCCACUGCCGUUCAAUGUGUCAGCUUCUGGUGACAUUAUCCUCUCCAGUCCUCUAAACUUUGAAAUAACAGAAUACUAUCUGUUUAAUGUAAUAGCCACAGAGGCUGAAGGAGGCAAUGCAUCAGCACAAGUUCGGGUGAACGUGACGAAUGAAAAUGAUCUAAUUCCUGUUUUCCAACAAUUAAACUACACUGGGAACAUAACGGAAGGUGUAUCUUCCGGUGCCUUUAUUGAACAAGUAAAAGCUGUUGACGAAGACAAGGGAAUAUAUGGAGAGAUAACAUAUUCCAUUUCUGGCGGCCAUUUUGAUGACUUCUACAUUAACACCUAUAAUGGAGCUGUGUUUACUGACAGGAAACUGGACUAUGAGAACAGAAGUUCUUACACCAUCCUCAUUGACGCUGUGGACAGUGGCAACAGGACUGCGCAACAUCUUGCGACACUGACAGUGGAGGUGCUGAAUAUCAAUGACAACCAUCCCUUGUUUGACAGAGAGAGUCUGACAGUCCAGCUCGAGGAAGAGACAGAGGAAGGCUCAACUGUUGUGGCACUCAAUGUAACCGACAGAGAUGGAGACAACCUAACUGAGCGCACAUUCUCCAUCGAAGCCGGAAAUGAGUUUGGAAAUUUCACAUUUGACCCUGAGUUAGAGAAUGUGGUGGUCACCUUAUCAAGACUGGACUAUGACGAAAGACCUGGUCUGCAGGAACCUAUUAUGCUGACCAUUGUCGUCAAUGACACACUCUUCACCGAUGAGAUGAUACUCACAAUACAACUAGUCGAUAUCAAUGACAACUCGCCAGUCUUUCAGAACGAGUCAUACCAGUUUGAGGUUUUUGAGGAAGAACCUGCCAACACAGAGGUUGGCAUAGUGACUGCUAUUGAUAUAGACAGUGAAGAGUUCGGUGAAGUGGUGUACUCCAUUUACCCCAAUGACAAGUCAGUUUUGCCUGGACCCAGUGAUGGCUUCCCGCAUAUCUCUAAAACUGUGCAGGCCACCAUCGAGGUGCUGGACAUCAAUGACAAACGUCCCAGUUUCGUUCGUGAUGAAUAUGAGGUUUCUGUUCCUGAGAACAUCGACAUUGUGAGCGAUUCUGUCUCUGCAAGGGACAUGGAUGCAGGGACAAAUGCCGAAAUCACUUAUGAGUUGAUCCAUGGAAACACUAACAAUGCCUUUGUGAUUGACCGUAAGGAAGGAGUGCUGUCGAGGAAUCCCAACGUGACUCUGGACAGAGAAGAUGAGGAUUUCUACGUCCUCACUGUCAGAGCCACUGAUGGAGGCAUGCCUUCAAUGAAUGGCACCGCUACCAUUAAAGUCACCAUCAUGGAUGAGAAUGAUGAAGAGCCAAUCUUCAGCCCUACCUACGUGAGCACCAGUAUCACUGAGGACACGCCAACUGAUAGCUCUGUUCUAACAAUCACUGCAACUGAUGGCGAUACUCCAUCCAAUGCCAUGCUGCGCUACACUCUCUCUGUCACAGGUCCACCAGAGCCUGAGCCUGGCUGUCCUGAGCCUCCCUCCGGCUCUUUCAGUAUUGAUGGAGAGUCAGGAUACAUUGAAACACUAGGAGAGUUUGACCGUGAGGCUGUGAAGCGCCAUAUGUGCUGGAGAUCGUAGCACGGACAGUGGAGCCGGAGUCUCUGAAGGGAACAGCAGUGGUUACUCGUGUACCUACAAUGACAUCAACGAUGAGACCGUAUUCCAGCCACCACCUACUCCAAGAAUUGCGCGGAAGAGCUCCAGCCGUCGAGUGUGUGCUAACCAGUAACAGCCAUACCGAUCGUGAUUCAGGUCAGCACCAGUAUGCUGAGGCUACAGACAUUCUUCAUUGUGGCUCUAAGCUGAACCGAGGACCAGUCA